AUGGCGGUUCUAUACUCCUAUAUUGCCCGCAUCAUCCACACAGCGUUUAAAAAAAGAACCCACAGGAAGAAAAUAAAUGCACCGGCAAAACAAGAUUCCAUGAGCAAACCGUCGUCUUUUGAAUUAGGACCCAUUGGCACCAAAAACGACUCCAUUAUUAAAACCAAAAGAAAGACUGGAAGGUCAAGAGAACGUCUUAACAGUUUGUGGGGUAAGUCAUUGUCGAGACAAACCUUGACCUUUCACUUCCGGAAGCACCGCUUCACCUACACCUUCAUGGUAUUAACAGGGGUGUACGCCAUCAACCUGAUUCCUUCCAUGGUUAUUACGCUCAUGGCCAUCACCGUGGGAGAGCACACGUUCUGGCACCAGCUCACCUACAGUCAGCUCCAGGCGAGCCUCAUAGCCUACAACUCGGACAUAUUCGACUCAACAAUUCAUCCGUUCAUCUAUGGGUUUCUGGAUACAAAAUUAAGAGAAGAGAUAAAGGGAAUGUUUAACGGCAGAAAAUAG